UAAAUACACAUAACCUCAAAAGUUUCGGAACGUCAAAAUAAACUUCAUUGAGGUUAUGUAUGUUGUCAAAUUUUAUUGUAAAAUUUUUGUUAUAAUACUAAAGAAAAAUUAUUAAGUCUUAAAAUUACGUAAUUAUAAAACGACGAUAUGGAUGACGACAUUUAUAAUAAGUUAAAAAAUUCAGCUUUUUCAAAAAUGACAAGAGUGAGUCCAAAAAAUAAUAGAGUAACAUUAGGACCGGAAGCAAUAGCAACAUGUUCAACACCAAAAAAGAAAGUGCAAAAGUUGGCGCAAACCCCAAAAACAAAAUAUACAACAUCUAACAUAGCAAAACCAUCUCCGAUGAGUCGAUUAAUAGCAGGGUUGGAAAAGUUAAAAAUGGAAGAUGCAUAUGAGGCAAUAAAUCAAAGGCAUCAACAAUUGGAGGAGUUUGAAAAGGAACAAAAAAAUAAAAUGAAACGUGCGUGGCAUUUACAACAACAAUACAUGGUAGCAAAAGUUCAAGACCAAGAAUUUUUAAUUUAUCAAGCCUUAGAAGAGCAUAAUAAAAAUGCUGUUAAAAAAAACGAAAAGUUGCUUGAGUAUUAUCAAGAAAUAGCUGAGAGAAGACGAAAAAAAGAUGAAGAAUUACAAGAAAAGGAGCAACAAAAAAAGGAAUUAUUAAGAAUUAUCGAUGUUUUAAAAAGAGAUCACACCGAAUUUAGGGAGGGUUUCCAAGAAAUUGUCAAUUUGACAAAAACCCAAGAUUCUGUCUAUUUAAAAACUAAUUUAGGACAUAUCUCAACAAAAUUAAAAGUAUUAAACGGAAAAAUGGAUGAGGUUGUUGGAAAAUGUAAAACUGGAAAUGUUAGUCAAGAAGAUGUGGUUCAAUCAAGUAAUAAUUUAACAGAAUUAAGAGGUUUACAAAAUAAAAUCGUUAAUGAACUAGAAACAGAAAAAAGAUUUAAAGAAGAAAAAAUAAAAGAGGCAAAAUUAAAAGAAGAAAAGUUACGAGAGGAAAAAUUAAAAGAAGAGAAACUAAAAGAAAUGGAACGUUUAAAACAGGAACAAUUAAAAGAACAGAAAUUAAAAGAGGCGGCUAAAAAAGAAGAAAUUAAAUCAAAUCCGAUCCAACAACCAGGAAGUUUAAAAAAAUUAGAUGAUAUUGUUAGUAUGAAUUCAUUAAAACAAUAUUCAGAACUCCAAGAUUUUCAAGUAAACGUACAAAACUCUUAUAAUCAAUUAGAAAAAGAUGAGAGUUUAAAACAAUUUAAAUUUGAUUGUAAAAAAGCGAUAAACAUCCCUGUAAAUGCUAUUUCCGGGUUAAACCCCCAACAUCUUUUAGAUAAAUACAAUAGAUUAUCUCAACUUUUAGCCGGAAAAUCAGUACAAGUUGGUGAUAAACAUUUUUCAGCUAGUAUUCACCCUCAGGGUAUUCUAUAUUGCAUGGAUUUAUUGGCGAAAAAAUUCGUUUUACAAGGUGAUCUAAUGAUAUCGAGUAAUCCUGAAUCUGCGUUUUAUUAUGGAACGAUUAUAGUUUCACUUUGGAAUCAAUUUCCCGAUUUUGGAAAAUUAAUUUUAGCCCAUUUUCAUAAACAGUGUCCUUAUCUAGUUCCCAUUUAUUUACCGAAAUCAAUUGAUCAAACAGAUAGGGAUUAUUAUGAAAGUUUGGGGUAUAAAUAUAACGAAGAUGGAACUGUUGAGAAACAAGACAAAUUUUUAAAACGAAUGAUUGGAAUUAUACGUUUAUAUGCAGCCGUUAUCAUAAGUUUUCCCAAAAAGGACCAAGGUAGAAAAAAUCCGUUGGGUUUAACAGAAGGUUGGAGAUGGUUAACAGCUUUUCUAAAUUUAGAACCAAGAGUGGAUGUUACGGCUACAUUAUUACAAGCGUUUUUAGAAACGAGCGGAUUUCAAAUGCAAGCGCAUUAUGGAAAACAAUUUGUUAAGUUGAUGAAAUAUUUUCAAGUUAAAUUUAUGCCAAUGUUGAAGAAGAUCGAUACUGGUGGGCCAUUUACACGUUUAGAAGGUCUUUUACGCGAAUAUGUUAAAAGGGGACAAUUUGAAAAACCUGGGGGAAUUUUAAAAGAGGGCUUUUGGUGAUUUUUAUUUCAAUAAAAAAAUAUUUCUUUGAAAAUUACUAUUUUUCUGCGACUAUG